AUCACCUCCGCAGACCUCGAGGUCUCUCCUCUUAUUCAACAGCUUGACCACCAGACUUGCACCCAUCUAUACGACUCCUCAUCCGCUCUAGCAAGUUCCCACAAGGCACCCUACGUCGCCUAUCGUCGCUGGUCCCGUAAAACACAUUUCCUAUCUCGGCCCGCCUACGCAUUCCACAGCCACCACCCGCUCCACAACUUCUGAAACGCACGAUCCGGCUCCGUCAAUGUUUGCUCCACUCCUCACACUGGUCUAGAAUUGCCACUCACUCCAGGGUCUUUCCACCGUGGCCUCGACUUGCCCCCAGAAGGGUGGCACCUCUCAACAGUUGGCCUCCCUCCCUACCACUACCUCAACACCACCGCUCUUCUACCAUGGAUCCCGCGGGCCAUGUCCUCCUCGCCGCACACGAACUCCUUGCUCGCUCCGGGGGCAUAGGAGGCGACACUUCGAAAAGGCCGCCAAUAUAUAAAGUCGUUGGAAUUGUUCUCGCCAUUUCGUCGGGCGUCUUCAUUGGAAUAUCAUUCGUCAUAAAGAAAGUUGGACUGUUGAAGGCCAAUGUCAAAUAUAACGAGGAAGCCGGUGAAGGCUAUGGCUACCUGAAAAACGCCUGGUGGUGGUUGGGCAUGACGCUCAUGAUCAUCGGAGAGAUAUGCAAUUUCGUGGCCUACGCAUUCGUCGAUGCCAUCUUGGUAACGCCAAUGGGAGCCUUGAGCGUUGUUAUAACGGCCAUUCUGUCAGCCAUCUUCUUGAAAGAGCGACUGAGCUUCGUGGGGAAGGUUGGCUGCUUCAACUGCAUCAUCGGAUCAGUUGUUAUCGUCAUCAACGCCCCAGAACAGUCAGCCGUUGCGAAUAUUCAAGACAUGAAGAAACUGGUCAUUUCUCCUGGAUUCCUCAGCUAUGCUGGAAUCAUCAUCGUCGGCUGCACAAUUGUUGCGCUGUGGCUGGGACCCAAGUAUGGAAAGAGGACGAUGAUGGUUUAUAUCAGCAUCUGCAGUCUGAUUGGGGGACUGAGCGUUGUUGCGACCCAGGGUCUUGGAGCUGCCAUCGUGGCACAAAUCGCAGGACAGUCGCAGUUUAAAGAGUGGUUUCUAUAUGUGCUCCUCGUAUUCGUCAUUGCGACUCUACUGACGGAGAUCGUAUACCUGAAUAAAGCACUCAAUCUCUUCAACGCUGCACUGGUAACGCCGACGUACUACGUCUUCUUCACUUCCUCUACCAUUGUCACAUCCGCAAUUCUCUUCCGAGGAUUCAAGGGAACCCCAUCGACCAUCUCCACUGUGAUUAUGGGCUUCCUGCAGAUCUGUGCUGGAGUCGUCCUUUUGCAGCUAUCGAAGUCGGCGAAAGAUGUUCCCGAUGCCGCAGUGUUCAAGGGCGAUCUCGAUCAAGUGCGCACCGUUGCCGAGCAGGAAGAACCCGAGUACGAGCCAAGGGCUGAUACUAUCCGCGGAAGCGCUGCUAUUCUGCGCUCGCUUUCCAGGUCAAGGACUGAGAAGCAGAUUGCCGAGGCCAAGAGACUACAGGAAGAGGUAAUGGCGCCCAUUGGCGAGAAUGAGCAUGUCGAGUUUGAUGGAUUGCGAAGACGGAGAACAGUGUUGGACCCCGAUCAUCCUGGACGCACCGGAACAGUCGUGCGUCACAAAACUGUACACCCUCCAUUGGGCAUGUCACAUUUCCCCUCACUCGACGAUGAGGACGAUGACGACUACCAUCCUGGUUUCUUCCAAAGGCUACGCUCACGUGGGAAAUCGACAAGCACUGCUCUCCCACCAACAGCAGACAUAACGAGUCCGUCUCGUUCCACCACAAACGACUCCGCAGACUGCGGCGGGGAGAAGCCAGGCUACAGCCAGGCCAUGCAAGCAGAUACCUCCUACAGACCCCACGAGGCACACGUACAGUUUGCGCCCGACACUGAACACAACAGCCGUCAAGCAUCGCGCGACUCGCUCCAUCCCCCGCGCCCACUUCCACAUGCCGCUGGCCGGCAAUUCUCCUUCCAAAACGUCUUCUUCCGGCAUCGUUCCGACUCCUCAGGCCACGGCUCCGAGCAUCGUCGUCCCACGAGCAGAGGCAGCAGGAAAAGUAGCUACAACACGGGCCGCGGCACCGAGGAGGAGCGUCUGGGUCUUGUCAAGGGAGACUCGCAGGUCCUACUUCCCAUACCCAGCCGUGAUAGCAGAGAAGAGAGUCCGCCAAGGUACACGGCGUCGCCUGAGCGAAUGCUUGCAGGUACUGAGGGUUCUGGCGCUGGAGGGGUAAGGAGAGUGGACUCGGAUACGAGUGUGAGGGAUUUCGAGAAGGAAGAGAAGAAAAAGAGGGAGGUUAGUGAGGGGUCGGAUCGAUUCUUGUAGUGUGGAAGGGUGAUUACGGAUUUGCAUUUGGCCGAGCAAUUGUAUAAUACCCUGUGAUUUUCGCGCCCAGCCUUUGGGAAUUUGUUUGCUCCUGGUUUGGCGUUGCAUUUGCAUUGAGGAGGUGGGUCAGCAUGGUCGGCGCAACGCUUCGCAUUGUGGUUGGUGCGAUAUACCACUGCUUUGAUAUUUCUAGGAAGGAGAGAUGGGAUGAUAUAUAUUAUCGAGUUGUCAAAGGGGAGAUCAUCAUGACUUAAUGAGGAGGACGGAUACA